AUGACCGAAUUAUACGACUCAGAAGGAGAGAACUGGGACUCACUUCCCGAACCUCUCGUCCUCACGCCAGCAGAGAUGUUAGCGAGAUACGAUACAAACCUCUCUGCUCCUUUGGUUCGAUGCUCCAAGCUCCCCUUCCGCACCCUUGUGUCAUUAUACGAGACUCAUAUCACUCAUACGCCAAUGAUCCUAGCACAGGAAUUUUCAAGAUCACAAACUGCCAGAAUGUCCGAUUUCUCGACUGCUACGGAUGAAAGAGGAGUGUUUUGGAUGACACCUCGCAAGAGAAAACGCCUUCCUCCUACCUCUCAACCCCCAACGAAGAACGCAGAGUUGGUCAAAGGUUGUCUCGUAGCUCAAUUCGCUUCCCCGACUCCUGAGCAUCUGGCAGAUGCGGUGGAGCUCAUCAGUCCGUACGUCGAUGGAAUAGAUAUCAACUGCGGUUGUCCCCAAAAGUGGGCGUAUGCUGAGGGAAUAGGAUGUGCUUUAUUGAGGAAACCGGAGCUGGUGAGGGAUAUGGUAAGGUGUGUAAAAGGAAGAAUGGGAUGGAGUUGGCCUGUCAGUAUAAAGAUUAGAGUGGAUCCUGAUCUGAAACUAACGGACCAACUCAUCCAUACAGCCAUACAAGCCAAUGUGUCACACAUCACUAUUCACGGUAGAACUCGACACCAACCCUCUUCUGAGCCAGUCUCCCUUGACGCCAUUCGAUUCGCAGUCAGCUGUGCCAAAGGUGAAGUCCCAACUGUGGCAAAUGGAGAUUUAUGGACUUUAGAAGAUGCGAGAAAGAUGAGACAGACGGGGGUGAAUGGUGUGAUGGGGGCUCGAGGUUUACUGGCCAAUCCUGCUCUUUUCGCAGGAUACACGAAAACUCCUAUACACGCAGUGGAACAAUUUGUAAACCUAUCUGUGGACUAUGGUCUGAUAUUUCCACUUUUCCAAAAGCAUCUCGCCUACAUGCUUGAAUCCCGUUUUGCCCGCCCGGAAAGAGUAUGGUUCAACUCGCUCACGUCGAGUGUCGGAGUCAUAGAGUACUUAUCCUCGCGGGGGGUAGACAUCCGCUCUGCUCGCAUAGACCCUAUAUGGGAUGCAUGUAGGGGACGAAGUUUGAUAUGA